CUGGUGUUAGAUGCCCAGUGCCAGGCCUCCAGCCACACCACUCCUCUGCCCGCCCUCCGCUCUGUGAACUCUCUGUCCACUGCCCCCAUGGCGUCCAGCCUGACCUGUACGGGAGUGGUCUGGGCCCUGCUGUCCCUCCUCUCGGCGGCGGCCUCCUGCGUGGGCUUCUUCAUGCCCUACUGGCUGCUGGGGGCCCAGAUGGACAAGCCGGUGUCCUUCGGCACCUUCCGGCGCUGCUCCUACCCGGUGAGGGACGAGGAGAGGCAGAUGACCGUCAUGCUGGAGCAGUGCGGGCGCUACGCCUCCUUCCAGGGCAUCCCCAGCGUGGCCUGGAGGGUCAGCACGGUGGUGACCGGCGUGGGCUGCGGCCUGCUGCUGCUGGUGGCCCUCACCGCCCUCAUGAGCUGCUGCAUCUCAGACCUGGUGUCGCGCACCAUCGGCCGGGUGGCCGGCGGCGUCCAGUUCGUGGGAGAACCUGGCAGGGAGAUGAAGAUCUGGAGGGAAGCAGCUGGAGUGGAGGCAGCGUCGUUUGAUCAGAUCUCAGCGAUUAGCGGGAAACGGGGAGAGGAAACAAACCUGAUGAGCCCCCUGGUUUACUCUCUGAUGAUGAUGUCAUACCGGCACAGCCGGGAGCUUUGUCCUCGUGUCAGCUUUGAGAGCUCCUGCCAGCUGGAACCCGCCCAGUCCCAGAAUGUGCGCCUCCACUCCCGUCUAACCACCGCCGCUCAUUUUCCAAGAGAGACACGCUACAGGCAGAAGCCCGACGCCGUGCUGGCCCUGCUGCGUUUGCAUAUGCUGAGUUAUGAGGGGACGCUGAACCCUGAAGAUUUAAUCUGGGAGCUUCCAACAUCCUCGCAGGAGGUGACAGGGAACAAAUAG